AUGUACCUGAUCACUGUGUUUGGGAAUCUGCUCAUCAUCCUGGUCGUCGGCUUUGACUUCCACCUCCACACACCCAUGUACUUCUUCCUCACCAACCUGUCCUUUGUGGACAUCUGUGUCACCUCCACAACCGUCCCCAAGAUGCUGUGGAACAUCCAGACUCAGAGCAAAGUCAUAACCUAUGUGGACUGCAUCACACAGAUGAACUUUUUCUUAAUCUUUUCAGGACUGGACCUCUAUCUCCUGACCAUAAUGGCCUAUGACAGGUUUGUGGCCAUCUGUCACCCCUUGCACUACAUGGUCAUCAUGAACCCCCGGCUCUGUGGACUGCUGGUCCUGGUGUCCUGGGUCUCAGUUGUCUCCCUAUUUUACUGUACUGGCCUGGGAGUGUACCUUAGCUCUGCUGAUGCCCAGAGCUCACACUCAAGUGCAACAGCAUCAGUGAUGUACACGGUGGUCACGCCCAUGCUGAACCCCUUCAUCUACAGCCUGAGGAACAGAGACAUAAAGGAGGCUCUGAUGAGACUCUCUGAGAUGGCAGCUAUAAAAGUUCCAAUUUUCCCGGGGUUGAAAAAUACCCCAUGA